GCAGAAGAGUUGUCAGUUGCUGUGUUUGUUCAGUGAGUUACUAAGUGAUAUUUGAAGAUGCCUAGGCCGUCUAGGGACUCCUAUGGCGACCAGAAGCCUCCGUACUCUUAUAUAUCGUUAACUGCGAUGGCUAUAUGGAAUUCACCCGAAAAAAUGCUACCCUUAUCAGAAAUUUACAAAUUUAUCACCGACAGAUUUCCAUAUUAUAGAAAAAACACACAGAGGUGGCAGAAUUCGUUGAGGCACAACCUAUCUUUCAACGACUGCUUUAUAAAAAUACCUAGACAACCUGAUAGACCAGGAAAAGGAGCUUAUUGGGCACUACAUCCUGCUGCUUUCGACAUGUUUGUGAAUGGUAGCUUACUGCGGCGAAGAAAGCGCUUUAAGUUGUUAAAAAGUGACAAGGAAAUACUGGAAAAUGAGCUAGCAGCCCUUACUAAUAUAAAUAGGAUAUUUUUUUCACCACCGAAUGGUCCUGUGGACGUGAAUCCUGCAGCUCAUCCGACGGUAGUAGCCCCUCAGCCUUCUCCGCCGAUUAUCACGAAGACGCCUGAGACAGCAGUCACCUGCAUAAGGCCGAAAAGGUCCUUUACUAUAGAAAGCUUAAUCUCUCCAGACAAGCCGACGCCUGUGGUUCCUAGUGCUACACAUAUAGUACCCCACGUUCAUCCCUGGAUGUUAUCCACGUACGACCUAUCGUUUACUAAUCCCAUCCCCUUAAUGCCUCCUUCUGCAGCUCAUUACGAGGCCUAUGGACUUGCUUCUGCCGAAGAACUAUUUAGAGUUUCGCAGUUAUAAGAAUUUAAGUGAUUUUGUAUAGAAGAGUUUAGGAGAUGUUUGGAAGGAAGCUGUAACUCUGUGGGAGUUCUAAGACUGAGUUGACUGUUGUAAAAAGUACGUACUUUUGUUGUGAUCUUUUUUUUGUAUAAGUAUUUAUU